GGACAACGCGGGUGGCCCUGUGCUGGCAAAGACGAAGAUCACUUUUCCUAUAUCUAGGUAAUAUCGUCGCGACUUGAUCAAUGCCUCUUUCCAUACGUCCAGAAGCAAGCGAAAAUGGCUGAGAAGAAGCGCAACACGUACAAUAUCCUGAUCGUGGCCUUUGUGGCCUUGGGUUCGUUUGCCUUCGGGUACUCUAAUACCAUCAUCGGUACGACUCUCGCUCAACCUUCUUUCAUAUCAUAUUUCGGCCUUGACGAAAGCUCCAACAGAAACGAGAUUGCUGGCGCCACCAAUGGCAUUUACACAGGAGGAGGCCUACUGGGCGCCCUUUUCGCAUCCUGGUCCGCAGAAAACCUUGGUCGAAAGAAAUCAAUCUUCAUUGGUGCUGUUCUUGCCACCAUUGGAGGUACGUUGCAGGCUGGUUGCCCUCAGCAUAUCGCCGCGUUUCUCGUCUUCCGGUUCAUCAACGGGCUAGGAGUUGGUAUGCUCUUGCCGCUCGUCCCCUUGUACCAGAGCGAAGUAUCUCCUCCUCAUUCCCGUGGUAUGAUGGUUGGAUUUCACGGUAUCUGUGUAACUAUUGGCUACGCAUCUGCAAGCUGGGCAGGGUUCGGGUUUUAUUUUGUCAAUGCCAGCGGCGCGCAAUGGCGUCUACCUUUGGCAAUCCAAGCUAUUCCGGCGCUCUUCUGUGCCUUAGGAAUCCUCUUCAUGCCUGAAUCACCUCGUUGGCUCAUUUCUCGAAAUCGAGCUGAGGAAGCACUCAAGAUUGUCCAGCGGCUGCAUCGAGACGAGACCGACCCGGAGGAUGUGUUCGCGUUCAGGGAAUACCAGCAAAUAAAGCAGCAAUACGAGAUUGACAAGAACAAUGAGGUAUCUUGGAAAGAGAUGUUCGUCAAAGCCUCGUACAGAAAACGUGUCAUCAUUGGUGCCAUUGUAAUGUUCGGAUCGCAGACAACAGGUACCACAGUGAUUGCAAACUACGGACCAGAGCUUUACAGCGCGCUUGGCUUCGGCACCACGAUGCAACUGUUGUUCUCUGGCUGUUAUGCUAGCCUUGCGCUUUGCGGCAAUUUCUUCAACGCUUUCACUAUCGAUUACAUUGGCCGUGUGAACGCUCUGAAGAUUGGCUGGAUUGGAGAUGCCAUUGCCUUGAUUGGCGAAUGUGCAGCGCUGAGUACUUUCGAGAGGACUGGAUCACACGCAGCAGCUGUUGCAAGUGUUUUUUUCCUCUUCCUGCACAUUGCACUGUUUGCGUUCAACAUCGAUGUGACCACAUACGUUUACACAUCUGAGAUCUUCCCAAACCAUAUUCGGGCAAAAGGAAUGUCAGCAUCCAUCGUGGCUUACUGGAGUUCGCUCCUUAUCUACUUGGAAGUUGCUCCAACGGCGUUUGCGGACAUUGGUUGGAAAUUUUACCUGGUCUUCUUGAGCCUGCUGGUUUGCUUCAUUAUGCCGUUGUUCUUCUACUUCCCCGAAAGCAAAGGCUUGUCGCUAGAGGAAAUUGCUCGUCUUUUCAACGACGAGACUACCAGUGUCAGGCUCGAUGCACCGGGAACGAACCAGGAGAAACAGGACAUUGGCAAAGAAAAGGAGCUGGUCAGCCAAACCGAAAAUCUCCAGGAGAAAGCAUAG